CUGUUGGUACACAACAAAUGCUUUCUGUUUCUGUUUCUACGUGCAGUAUAAAGACCGCAGCUGCUACAAACAGCCUCAGAGUUUCCUGCUGCCAGAUGUCAGGUUUUAAAGCACAGGGGAAAAGUCAGACCAUGUCUACUCUGAACACAGAAGGACAAGAACCUGCAGUAUAAAGACCGCAGCUGCUACAGACACAGCCUCAGAGUUUCCUGCCGCCAGAUGUCGGGUUUUAAAGCACAGGGGAGUUAAAGGAAAAGUCAGACCAUGUCUACACUGAACACAGAAGGACAAGAGCCUGCAGACCUAUUCAAGUUUCUGUCCAAACUUGGACUGAAGAAAUUUCAUCCCAACAAGCUCACUCUUCAGUCUCUCUUGGAGAUCAACAAAAACAGUAUAUAUGAUGAAACAGUUCAAUCAGUGGAGGACGUACCAUGGUGCUUUCUCAGGAAACUAUUUAAAAUCAAUGCAGAAUGCAGGAACUGUACACAAUUAUCAGAUGAUGAUGACGACUACGACUACGACGACGACGACUCUGCUGAGCAUAAUGAGGUUAACCCUCUGGACCUCAUAGCAGCACUCUUCCUUUGUGCUGACAGCUUCUUGCAACAGGAAAUGGCCCUCAAGAUGUCAAUGUGUCAGUUUCCUGUCCCGCUGCUGUUGCCCCGUGGCAAUAACAGUCAGUGUACCCUGAUGCUGUGGGCUCUGAGAGGCAUCGUCAAAGAGUGGCGUCCACAUGAUUUGUCUGAAUCUAGAGGGUUUGUUGAAGACAGCAUUGUCCAAGCAGAUAUACCUUUCUAUUCCUUUGUGAGGCUGAAAAACUGCAGUUUAUCCAAGUCCCAGAUUCUGAAUCAUGUGCUCAGCCGUGGGCAGCAGAAUCACAACAUGUUCAUACACAGAGAGAUGGAAGGAGGAGCUCAGGAAAGGAAGAUUGCCAAUGGAUUGGUGGAGGUUUGCUGGUUCCUUCCAUGUGGUUCUGAAAAUCUUGACAAAUUUCCAAAACCAGUUGCCUUUGCCAAUCUGAGAGGAGACAUUGGUCAGUCACUCGCACAGUUCAGUUUUCUUUUUCAUGUGUCCACUGCUACUUUUGUAUUCCUGGACAAAGUUGAAGAAAAUGAGCACAAGAUUCUGACUUCACUUCAAGAUGUGAAAUCCAAACUGUUCUUGGUGGUUAACCACAAGGAGGGGAAUGUUGCAGAGGACAUGAUGUCUGUCCAGGCAACACUGAGAGAAUUAGAUUUACCAAAGACCAGUGUGAAAACCAAAGGCCCCAGGGUAAAUGUUGCAGAGUUUUCAAAGAAACUUUGUACAGCCAUCAAGAAAUCACUGCCAGAUGUAAAAAGCACAACAAGUAUUGAAAGUAUGUUUGAUAAAGCUGUUGAACUUGGUCUGUCUGUUGAUGAAAGAAAAACUGGUGAACAAAAGAAAUUAAUUGAUGACAUUAUGGCUGGUAUGGGAGUCAGGGUGCAGAACAUACCAGACUACAAGAAACAACAGCUUCCUUUGCAAGGAAAUAACUGGAAAAAACUAUCAGAGUUACAGAAGGAAGAAUGUCGGAUGAAAGGAGCUGGUGAAUCAAGCCUUGAAGAGUAUAAAUCUCAGCUACAGGCAGAAAUACAAAAAGUCAGGGAGCAGCAAAGCAAACAAAAACUGUCCAAAGUGAUGAAGAGUUUUAUUGAAACCUUAUCCACAAGUGACAAAGAGAACAGAGAUUUCUUUCUUAAAUUAAUGAAAUUCAGGUUGAACACACAUUCCCGGGACAAACUGACUGAGCUGCGUAUCAAAUUCAAAGAGCAAUGCAAACAGAAAGAUACAAAACUCAUUGCAGAGUUGGAUCAGGCUUUGCUGGACAGCUCUUUAGGAAUAGAGCAUUACAUGAGAGAGAUGGGACUGAUCUAUGAGUUUUCCUCUCAGUCACCAGACAGUGCUGAUAAAAUGUCUCAUCUCCCUGGCAUGGCUGCUGAAAUGCUGCUGGAUGGACAUCCUUUAGAGCUCUUGGAUGGAGAUGCUUCCAACAUCCCAGAGAGGUGGGUGACAGAUGUGCUAAUGGAGCUUCACAAGAAGGUUGGAGGGAGGAGCAGACUGUUGGUCCUGACUGUGUUGGGCGUUCAAAAUACCGGGAAGUCAACACUCCUCAACACCAUGUUUGGUGUGCAGUUUCCUGUCAGCAGCGGCCGAUGCACAAGAGGAGCUUAUAUGCUCUUCCUCAGAGUCGGUGAGGAUAUGAAAUGUGACUUGAAUUUUAACUUCAUACUUCUCAUUGACACAGAGGGUCUUAAGUCUCCUCAUUUGGCACAACUAGAGGACAGUUAUGAGCAUGACAACCAGCUGGCAACCUUGGUCAUUGGUUUAAGUGACGUCACCAUGAUCAAUGUGGCAAUGGAGAACUCAACAGAGAUGAAAGGUGUCCUGCAAAUUGCAGCUCCUGCAUUCUUGAGAAUGAAGGAAAUUGGAAAAAAGCCAGUUUGUCAUUUUGUGCACCAAAAUGUUUCUGGAGUCUCAGCUCACGAAAAGAGCAUGACAGAAAGAAAACAUCUCUUGGACCAACUCAAUGAAAUGACUCAGAUUGCAGCUGAAAUGGAAAAACAGCCUUCUAUAAAGGCCUUCACAGACGUGCUGGACUAUGACGUGGAACAAAACAACUGGAACAUCCCAGGACUCUGGCACGGGACCCCACCAAUGGCACCAGUGAACACAGGUUACAGUGAGACUGUAGCUGAUUUGAAGAAAAAUCUUUUGGAGUCAGUGAAAAGAGACAGAAGCGAUAACGUGUCACAGAUCCCAGAGUUUCUAGAAUGGAUGAGAAGUCUCUGGAAAGCAGUCAAAUAUGAGAACUUCAUCUUUAGUUUCAGAAACACUCUUGUGGCUCAAGCCUAUGACAACCUUUGCAAAGAGUUCAGUCAGUGGGAAUGGGAGUUCAGGAAAGAGAUUCUCUCCUGGAAAAAAGAAGCAGAGUUGGAAAUCAUAAAUGCUGACAGCGAAUCUCAAUUGGAAACUUGGAACAUGGUUGAAUCAAAAAAAUCACAGUAGUCCAAAGAAAUAGCAGACCAACAAAAAAUACUGGAGAACAAAAUUGAGAAAUACUACAAAAGGAAAGACAGACACGUAAAUCUGAUAGAGAAAUUCAAAACAGAGUUUUUAAAGAGUAUCAACAGUCUUGCAAAGGAAAUCAAAAAUUCUGUGUGUGCUGAAUUGGAAUUUGUCCUUCAGCUAAAGAUAGGAAUAAAAAAGGCUCAGAACAUACAGAGGGAGUACAGAAGCAAGAUCGAAGAGCAGGUCAUGAAGCUCCUGAGUGACUGCAAAGACUCCACACUGACCGAUGAACAGCUGACACAAGAGUUUGAAAAGAUGUGGGCUCAAGCCACUGAACAUGUACCACGCCUGAAAGAACGAGAUAUACCUGGACUUAUUCUCAGCCAACUGAGAAAAAAUUUCUCUAAUCGGAAUGUAAAUGAGAAAUUGCAAAACACUGACAAGCUAAUGGAAAUUGGGAAGGGUCCAUUCAAGAUCAGAAUUGACCAUACAGACUCCUAUAUGAAGAAGAUUCAAAAUAUGUUGAUGGGAGAUUUACAGAGCUUUGCAGACAGUAUCAUUGAGAUUUCCAGACGCUUUAUUCUUGUUAAAAUUCCGACAAAUAGAGAUUACCAUGACUCUUUCACACGAGAUCUUCUGGAAAACAUAGAUGUACGUCUACAACAGAGCUACGAGCGCUACAAAACAAAUACACAGUUUGAGAUUGACCUGAAACUUCACAUUUGUGGCAUUGCAUCAAGGGAAUUCCUAAAAAUGCACCAAAACUUCUUGUCAGCCAACGAUCCACGUAUUCAGCUGGAGAAGUACAAGAAUCAGUACUUGUCAGAUUUUCUUGAUUUAUACAAACAGAGAGAUCACUGCCAACGCAAAGCAACUGAUUUUGUCAGAUGUUGGCUCAAACCUGCUGUUUAAGAGUACAUCAGCAGAUCUCUGGGAAUAGACAUCGUGGAUAAAAUUUUGACAAGUUCCCAUUCAGCAGAGUACAGUUCUCGCUCCUUUUUCCAGUACAACAUCCAGAGAGAGCUGCUGGAAAAGGAAGACUUUGAGAGUUUUGUCAAGUACAUUUGUAAGUAUGAAAUAUAUGUUAAGGAGUGGAUAUUUCAGCACAUCCUGCAAAACAUGUCAAAAGACCAAACUUUGUGCAAACUGAAGAAGAAGAAUCUGCAGGUCAUAGUUGACAAAAUAACAGAAGCAAGAGAACGAGCCUCAAAAGGAGAGGAUGGUGAUCUGCUGCCAGAUAACAAGGAAAGCAUCACAGAGCUCAUCAGCAACAUGCGCAAAUAUUUAAUUAAAGACGUCUCAAUUUCAGCGGAGGCUGAAAAAACCACCCUUUUUCAAAUCCAAAGCACAUGCCAUCCAUUUACAAAGAGCCUCGUUAGAUCAUUGAGUGAACUGAAGGAAGAGCUGCAGGAGGAAUUCUCAAGCUCUGAAGACAUCACUGAGACUCUGAGAAAACUUCCAAUCAAUCCACAGGACGAGCUUUUCAAGAGGGUGUUUGGCUGUGGACGACAGUGUCCAUUUUGUAAAGUUCCCUGUGAGGCUGGAGGCAAAGACCACAGGCAACAUCAUGCAGCUGUGCAUCGGCCACAAGCUCUUGGUGGAUACAGAUCUGUACGCCCUGACAAGCUGGUUGAAACUCUGUGUACAACAAAUGUGCACGGUGAACGUAAAUUCAGAAACACAGACACUAAAGGGGAGUGGCAUCCUUACCAGCAGUACACCACGUACUAUCCAGACUGGCACAUUCCUCCAGACCCCAGCAUAGAGGCAUCUGACUACUGGAAGUAUGUCCUGGUAAAAUACAACGACAGAUUUGCUAAAGAAUACGAAGCAAAGCCAGCUGAUGUUCCAGAGGCCUGGAGGAGAAUCACAAAGGAACAAGCACUGAAGGGAUUAAAAGAUGCCUUCAACAUAAAGUGAACAACUCACAAUCCGGACAAACAUCUUUAAACAAAACAACAUUUAAACAUGCAAGAGUUUUUAUAUACAAACGUACACUUUGGAGAAGACCAAAGGAUACAGAGACUGAACAUGUUAGUGCAUCCAGCAGAGAAAUCAGUCAAAUUAAAGACAGAUCAAUACUGUUGAAAAUGACGAACUUGGCUGCACCCUUAUCUUUACUUAGAAAACUAGACCUCUUCAACCUAAUUCAGUGCAACGACAAACAACUCAGAUAUUUUGUUAAUGAAUCUGACUUUGUGGCUCAAAUAAGAACUAAACCAGCGACUGAGAGUGAAAACUGUGGCUUCUUUGGUCUGGUGAACAUGAUGAAUGACAAAUGAUGAGUUGAACAAGUUGCAGGAGAUGAAAGGCUGGAGCUUUUAAACAUUUCCUGUUCUGUAUCUUUAUUAUUCAGUUUUAAUUUUUUAAUAUUAAAAAUGUUUGUUUUCUUCCUCAGUUCUCUUUAGACCCUUGACCCUUUUAGACAAUGAAAAUGAUAAAGACAAAGAUGAUGUAAUGCAAACAUAAUUUAAAAGUUUAAUAGUUUUUAUGUCUCUUAUUUUUAUUUUAGUUUGUGAUGAAAAUAAAAAACUUUUUUUCCUACGUAUAAUAACUGCUGUGGACAAUUAUGUUGCUGGACCUCAAAAACCAGUCAGUAAAUCUCAAAUAUAGAAACAAAAGACUUUUGAUGCUGACCUGCUUUGUUUUUACCUGUCUUACCUUUUUUGCAUUAUUCUUGUGAUGACAUUGUGUUUUGUAAUACAUGUCACACUUACAUUUUUAUAUUUCUUGCUAAAUGUAACCUGAAAAAGUAAAUGAACCAGCUUUAGUUGAAAUGUAUUCACGUUGAUGCCAGUGACUUUUUGUUUUAUGCACACAUCAUGAGGAAUCCUUUCAUGCUUUGUUAAAGAUUAACUUUUCAUUCUUUUAGACAGAUGAAGAUGUUUUAAUCAGGUUUUUAUCUCUGAAUUAAUGACUACUUUAACAUGUUUUUUUCUGAUUAGUAUGAAAGUAACAGUGACUUAUCUUGCUACACAGCUCUGUAUUAGUAGUUCUAACGAUAAUGAUGCUGUUGAUGACGAUGAUGAUGAUGAAGUGAAAGUACACAGGCCAUGUAAAACAGAUGUAUUUUACUAUCAUCUCAAUCCUUUAAUGUUCUUUACUGUUUGAUUGCUAACAGGUAAAUGCCACACAUUUUUCUGUUUUAUUUUUUGAUGAAGUCAGUGAGUAGAAAUGUUUAUGUUGAUGUAACUGACUUUGAUGCUCAUGUUAAAAAUGG